AAUUAUAUGACAAAACUGUGAAGACCGGGUCUUCCGAUUUCUAACUUCUCUGUAAUCAUUCAAAAUUUUAUCUUGAGACCAUUGUAAGGAACACUUUGGUUAAUACAACAAUUCCAUCCUGGUUGAACAUGAAAUAAAAUCGAGGAACAAGAAUGUCCCGAUUGCCAUGGGAAAGCGAGGAAAGCCAAAACUACAUUCGAGCGGACUACAUUGUCACUGAUACUGUAAGGAAGGAAUUGAGGGAUUUCUUUGUUCAGAAAUGGAACAAACGUUACCAGGCUUCUCUUGGAGCAUGGGAUGACACAAACGAAGGUGGUAGUCAGUUGUUUAAUCUGGAGAAAAAACGAACAAGGCCAAAUAAGUCCAUGCUUCAGUCCAAAUUUCAAAAUGGAAAUACAAAUGAGUGGGAUUGUACUGUACUUUUUGAUGCAAUUCUUUAUUCCAACUCAAUCGGUGGUAGUCUUAGUACAACAGAAAAGACUGAAAUCGAUAUUCUUCGAAAACAGCGAAAUGAAAUAACUCAUAAUAUACCUGAAAAAACGCUAACUAAUAAAGACUUUCAAACCAUGACAACAAAAGUUGAGAAUGCAUUGGGUGCAUUGGGACUGUCAAUCAACGAGGUCGUUCGAAUAAAAAACCUGUUUGCGUCAUUUAUAAUUCUUCCCCCUGAACCAGCCCAUGAUGUCGUUUACUGCUCUGACAAGAUACACGAAAUAAGAGAAGACAUUGAAAAGUUGCGCAGUGAUAACGAUGGCAAACUUACAUAUUUUUACAUCUCUGGAAAUCCAGGCAGUGGAAAAUCUCAACUCCCGAGACAAGUUUGUGAAGAUAUUUGCAAAGAUGUUCAUGCGAAGGACGAAGCAAUGUUUGUGAUGACAUUGAACGGAAAAGAUUUAGAUUCUCUUUUUUCUUCAUAUGAAGAUUUUUGUCGUCGGCUGAAUUGUAACGAGAGCGCAUUGCAAAGUGUUUCAAGUUCAUCUAAAACUAAAGAAGAGAAAAUCAAAGAUUUAAGAUCGCAAAUAUCUUGCAGGAUUAAAAAUUGGAAAAAGUGGUGGAUCAUCGUAGACAAUGUGGAAAAUAUAGAACUCAUAUUUCCACUACUGCCUCUGAAAGGAGACGAAGUUUGGAAGAACGGCCAAGUUAUAUUAACAACACAAAACACAAAUGCUGUUCCACAAGACAGCAUUUCAACUAAGCAUAUCUCACUUAUUCAUGGAAUGAAUGGCCAAGAGUGUCGCCAGUUGCUUGUUCUCUUAUCAAAUACCGAAGUCGAUAACCCAAUACUAGAUGAAGUGGCGGAGAAGUUAGAUCGUCAACCACUGGCAAUGGCCGCGGCAGCCUUGUAUAUGAGAGAAGUAACCAAUAGUUGCCCAGAUUUUUCUUGGCGAGAUUAUUUACGAAAACUUGAGAAAGGUAAAAGGGGGUUAACAGAAAAACGUCUUCAGCAGAUUAAUUCAGUAGCAUAUUCGUCGACCAUGAGCACAGCAGUGCUGCUAGCUGUUGAAAAAUGUGCAGAAAAUAACACAAUCCUUGAACAUUCAACCUUUUCUCUUUGAUAUCAUUUGAACCACUACCGCUUGAUCUUGUUGUAAAGUAUGUUCAGCAGCAAGAAGACUUAGAGGCCGAGGAUAUUAUUCCGACAUUAAAACACUGCUCGUUGUUUGUUCAAGUUUGUAAUGAUCGUGAUAUCCGCCUUCAUCGUGUUGUUCAUGAAGCUGUUAAAACACUUUUCAACAAAACUAAAGGAGAAAACAUUAGCAAAAUUAUUUCCGACGCUGUAAAAACAAUGAGUUCAGUGAUAGAGGAGAUAAAAGCAAAUUAAUUCCGCAUUUGAAAGCAUUUAAGAAGGAAAUGAAUAACAGCAUUUUACCUGAUCAAGCGUUAUACGUAAUCAGUUUCGAUUUUGAAAAAACUGAAAUUUGCAGAAUAUACGAUUUUUUUGGGAAAACCCUUAACGACUACAGUUCUGACUAUAAACUUUCCACUGAAUUCCAUCAGCUCGCACUGAAAAUACGGGUAGAAUAUUUUAGAGUAAACCACCCGGACGUUGCUACUUCAUACGUCAACCUGGGUUUGGCAUGUAUAACAGGAUGUGAUCUGGAAUGCGCUGCAGAUUAUUUUAAACGUUCUUUAGAAAUUCGAUUAGAUCGACUAGGACCGAACCAUACUCAAGUUGCUAUCUCAUACAACAAACUGGGUGAUGUGUGCAAAAGUAAAGGUGAUCUCGAUCUUGCUAAUGAUUAUUAUCAACGUGCGUUGAAAAUUCAAUUGGAUCGACUGGGACCGAAACAUACUAAUGUUGCUAUCUCAUACAGCAACCUGGGUGAUGUGUGUAAAAGAAAAGGUGAUUUUGAUCUUGCUAAUGAUUAUCAUCAACGGGCUCUGAAAAUUAAAUUAGAGAAAUGCGAGGCGAACCAUACUGACGUGGCCACUUCCUACAACAAUUUGGAACAGAAUAAUCUAGCUAUUCAGCGUAAAAAGAAUGGUCAACAAACUGCUUCAGUUGGCACAAGAAGACCUCGCCGUAAAAACAUAUGCAACAUCACAUGAAUACAGGGAAAAUAUUAUCCUAAGAGUUGAAGCAAACGUGUUGAAGCAAACGACCAAGCUGAAGAUUUAGAAAUGAUAUCCUGGCAGCAGAUCGAAAGAAUGGCGAAAAGUUGGAAUAAUUAGUAAAAACUUUAUUUAAGUUCGUUGGGCUUUGUCAACAAAGCGCUGGUUUCAACGAGGAGCGUCAUACAGCUUUUACAACUUUGAAGUAAGCCAAAUAGAACAGAAUCAGGAAAUUCAACAUAUCAGGGAGCAUAUCAAGCCGCACCAAAUCUACGACGUGCAUGUGCAGCCGCUAUAUCAGCAAUGGGAGUCAACUUUUAAUUUGUUUUACAUUAUGCUUUGGCAUUCUUUAUCAAAUUGAAUGUAAAAUUUUGGUUCGUGUUAUGUAACUUUAGGAACAAACACAGCAUCUCUUUUCGUCCGCCUCGCAGAUUUAGUUUAUCCUAAGCUCGUGUUGCUGGCAAUGUGCCGAAAAUUAUUUCUAGAACGCUUUACGAGUCACUGAUAGAUGC